AUCUUUCACAUUGUACAAUUGACUUAUGGAGCAUUCCUUAAUUAAAAAAUAAAUAAAAAUAAAAAUAAAAAAGCGUCAUGGGUGAUGUUUUCUUAUGUGCAACUUCAUUCUAUGGUGAUGGAUUUGUGCAGUUAAAAGGGACAGAGAUUUCUAGCCGUAACACACUGCACAUUCGCUUCCGCACCUCCAGACUGAGCGGCCUGCUUUUCCUGGCUGCAGGGCAGAAUGAUUUCCUGCUGCUGGAGAUGAAUGCUGGCAGACUGCAGUUAAGGUUGGAUCUGGGAUCUGGAGAGCAGAUCCUUCUCACAGACAGUGGAACCCAGCUGAAUGAUCUGGCCUGGCACACUGCAGAGCUUUUCCAUGACAUUUACAAUGUCACACUGACUGUGGACAACCACUCCAAAACCAGCCUGUGAAUGCCAGGCCCAGAGCAAGAGCUGCACAUCAAUAAUGGUCUGUAUGUUGGUGGUACGGGAGGUUUGGAUCAGGCCUAUCUGUCCAGAGAUCUCAAUGGCUUUCGUGGUUGCCUUGAUGAAGUAAUAUUUAAUCAGCACAACCUUCUUUCAUCACUGAGGCCCUACUCAGGGUUCAAGAAUGUCUAUGAAGUUUCCCUAGGAUGCAGCCCUCAGUUUUUUGCCAAUGAGGAUGACCUAAUCAGUUUUUUCAGCUCACAGGCUUACAUAUCCCUUCCUCCUUGGACGGCACAACGUGAAUGGACUUUUGAAUGCUCAAUCCACACAUCAGCUGAAGAAGGGAUCAUCAUGUUCAACUCAGCUCGACAGGGAGAUUUUGUCGCACUGGAGAUCCAGAAAGGUCUCCUUGCUGCAGUAAUCGGUAAAGAUGGAAGUAAGACAGAGCUACGUUCCCUCACCCUAAUCAAUGACAACAAAUGGCACAACCUUAAGUUCCUUUUCACACCGAAAAACCUCCAACUUACGUUAGAUGAAGAGACUGUAAAGUCCGUCACUUCCUCUAGAUCAAAAACAUUUCAUCUGAAAGGUUCCUUUUUCCUUGGGGGAAUAGAUGACAGCACACGUUCUGAAGUCAGAAAGGUUGGCCUUUCCUCGGUAUCAGGGAAACGUGUUAAAGGUGGCUCCUUUAAAGGAUGCUUCAGAGAUAUUAAAAUAAAUAAUGUCAAAAUGGGUCUCCCCAGUGCUGUGGUAACCAAAGACAUCUCUGUUGGCUGUGAACCUGAAAAGGAGCUGGAUAUAAGCAGCACAGUGAGCCCAACAACCCUUCCCAUGACCUUUAUUGACUCUGUCACUCAGCUGCCACCUACUGAUGUUUCCACCCUAGCCAAAGGUCUUGUCAAGAAGUACAGACACAAUUUUCUACAGCUUAGGAACCUUAUUGUCCCAGAAGGUGGUCGGGCAUCCUUGGAUUCAAAGCAUAUUAAAGUAAACCUUGAUUUCAAGAAGCUUCACAUCUGUCAGUCUCAGAUCAUCUUUAGGAUUGAAGAACAGCCGGUGUAUGGUCACCUUAGGCUUGAUGUAGACCAGGAGCAGGCUGAGCAUACAUUCAGCAUGCUGGAUUUGUGGCACAGCAGAGUGAUGUACAUCCAUGGGGGAUCUGAAGACCCACAGGACCUCUUCAUGUUCUCUGUGUUCUCCAGUAGCAGAAAGGAUAUGCCAGGCUAUCUAAAGGGACACAAGUUGUACCGGUUUAAUAUCACCGUUACACCAACCAAUGACGCCCCUGAGUUGAUUCUACCUGAGGGAAAUCUGUUCACUCUUUUGAGCAACUACACAGUCCUCGUUUACUCUGUGUUAGGGAACCUUUAUGCCGAUGCAGGGUAUUUGGAGAACGAAAACAAUCCAGGUACGCCAGUAGCUUCUUUUUCCCAUUCAGCUCUUGCAGAUGAUAAGAUAUAUUAUGUCCACACGGGUGUGAGGAACUCUAGGAUUGUGGUGAGAGUCAGUGAUGGAGAGAAGGUGAGCAACACUGUGGUUCUUAGAAUCAUGGCUGUGGGACUUGAGUAUAAAAUCAAAGUUUUUCAUGUUGUUAGAAAUGGAGAAAGAUUACUUACACUUGAUGACCUGUGCUACCAUGAUGCAGAUUCAGACUUCAGUGAUGGGCAGCUUGUCUACACACGGCGUGGUAUCCCAAUAGGGGAUUUGGUUCUUGCAAAUGACACUUCACAAAUGCUGUACCAGUUUCACCAAGAAGACUUGGAACAGAAACAAGUGCUGUUCAUUCACCGCGGGAUGAAUUCUGGGCGUUUUGUUCUCUUUGUGUCAGAUGGCAAACACUAUGUGUCCUCUCUGUUGGAUAUUAGCGCACAGGAUGCUUAUUUAAAAAUUGGCAACAACACAGGCCUGUUGGUUCAGAAAGGGCAAGCCAAAACUCUUACUAAUGCUAACUUUAGUGUAGAGACAAACCUUGACAUCCGGAAAGACAAUGAAAUAUUAUUCACAAUCCAAGAUGCUCCAAAACAUGGUAGGCUGUAUUUAAAAGACAACAAGAUUGAGUCAUGCACCCAGCAUGACCUGAGAAAUGGCUACUUGUGUUAUCAUCAUGACAACAGUAAGAAUCCGGCUGAUGUUUUUACACUCCUGGUGGAAGCAAAGGAUCUUCGACUUGAUGUUAAAAUCCAUGUGAAGGUGUACCUGGAAAGCCAUCAAAGGCCACCCAAUGUCAUUCAUAACAAAACCUUGCUGGUGGAGGAGGGAAAACCAGUCAAGAUUGAGAGCAAUAAACUCAAGGUGACUCACGAGGCUAGUUUACCCUCAGAAAUAACCUUCACUGUCCAAGUUGCUCAAUCUCAUGGAUAUUUAUGCUGUUUUAUUGCGGGUAGAGAAAGAGUUUAUUUAUUAUGUCCAUGACAACACAGAGACCUUAGAGGACCACUUUACUGUCACAGCAAAUGACACAGACCUGCGAAAACACAGUGCACCAUGGACUGUUUAUGUCCAGAUCACAUCCGUCAAUGACGAGCCUCCAGCCAUGACAGCCAACAGGGUUCUCAGGGUGUGGGUGGACUCCAUCACAGAGAUCAGCCCAGAAGAUCUGAAGGCAGAAGAUGAGGACACACUUCCUGAGCAGCUGGAGUACAUCAUAACCCAACCCAGCAACGGUCACCUGGCUCUAAAGACUGCCCCCAACAGGCCUAUCAUGAACUUUACUCAAGCUUACAUUGACCAGUAGCAACUGCUUUUCGUACAUAGUGGCCCCAUGGCAGGAGGUUUCAACUUCCAAGUAAAUGAUGGUGUGAACUUUGCUCCCAGGCAGAUAUUCAGUAUUACAGCUCGUGCCCUGGUUCUUAAUCUAGAGAAGGCUGGACCUCUUAAGGUGUUUCCAGGCUCAUUGUCCUUGAUUUCAAACAACAUUCUUCAGGCUGUAACCAAUGAUGAUACCGGCAUCUCAAACAGAACCAUAUAUUUUACUGUGAUCAAUCCCCCAAAAAUUGGAAAAUUGGUCAAUUUGAAGGCAGACAAGACCACAACUGAUAUUUCAUCCUUCACACAACAAAUGGUGGAUGAGGGUGAAGUAGCGUAUCAGCAAACUCAUGGGACGUCUUUGGGAUGGUCAGCACUAGACAAGUUCACAUUUACUGUGUCCUCUCCAUCUGCCACGCUUCAAACCCAGAUGUUUGAAAUUGACAUUUCUUACGAAAAUAUCGGACCUGAACAAAGUUCUGUGCUCCUAAAAAAUAAAGGUGUGGCGGUAACUGAAGGAGAUAAAGUGAUAAUUGACAAAUCAAUGCUGGAUGCAUCCAAUCUCAUGACGAAACAACCUGAAUCCAAGUGCAGCUCUUAUGAGGUUUGGUACCAGGUCACGUCUCUUCCAAAGCAUGGUAUCGUUGUUGGGGAACGAAAUUUUACAAAAGAAAAGCCCAAUUUCUCUCAGUUCAUCCUUAACAAGUAUGGAAUCACAUACCAUCACGACAACUCUGAGACCACCCAUGACCAUUUUGAUUUUGAUGUGUAUCUGAACCUAAAAAGCAAACCACCAACCCAUCCCCUAGAUACCUCAGAGGUUGUGUCAGAAUCAUUCAACAUCACUAUAAUCCCCAUAAAUGAUCAACCACCUGUUUUGAAGACCAAAGCUCCCAGCCUUAAAGUUGUUCAAGGAGACACCGUGGCUAUCGGACCCAACAUCUUAAGUGUGGUUGACCUGGACAGCCCAACAAGUGAAAUCCGGUACACAGUGAUUAGCAAACCUAGCAAUGGUUUCCUAGCCAUUUCAGAGUGCAUGAACGAGUCAGUGGACUCCUUCUCCCAGACUCAAAUCAAUAAUGGAGAGGUGUUCUUCAUCCACGAUGGCAGUCCUUCAUCUGGAGCAUUCUACUUCAGCUUCACCGAUGGCCAUCAUCGUCCGUUAUAUAAACUCUUCAAUCUGGAAGUGGUAGAGAUCACUGUUUCACUGGCUAACAACACAGAGGUGCUACUGGACCAGGGGCACACUUUUGUAACUCUCACACGGUCACACCUGGCCGCAGUGACCAAUGGUAAAAACACUACAGUGCACUAUAAAAUCACAGUACCGCCACAGUAUGGUAAACUCUUACUAGACAAUGAGGACGUCACUGUUUUCAGUCAAGAUGAUCUCCAGGAGGAAAAGGUAAGGUACCACAUGGUCAACCUUGAGUCAUCCCAUGAUAACUUUGAAUUUGUGGCCUUCACAACAGAAGCAAACCUAACUAACCAAGUAGUUAACAUCACUGUUAAACCCCUCAUUAAGUACGCAGAAGGGGCAACAUUUCCUAACCGAGUUCGAAUGAAGCUGAAGUCACAUUUGCUGAAUGUGUCUGAUCUUGCUUUGUUGAGUGAUAGUGACCCGUCGUUUGAAAUUACCUCACCUCCGGAGAAUGGCAGGAUUGUCUGGGCGACUGGGAGCAAGGGAAAGAAAGCAGAAUCUGUGGGAUCUUUCACUUUUAGUGAACUACAGCAGGAGAUAUUGGCCAUUGAGGUGAAGGCCAACCUGACAGGCGUCCAUGAAGUAAAUGACUCUUUCAGAUUUGUGCUUAAAGCCAAUAACGUCCAACCUGCCAAUGGGAUUUUUGCUUUCAGCAUUGUACCUCAUGUUCCAUCUUUGUCAACAGUGAUCGCAAUAACCACGAUCAAACCUGUUUUUUAUAACCAAUCCGCUGCAGUGAGCUUGUUUCCAUCUUCAACAGCUCCACCUGUGCAGCCAACACACCAGGUGACCAAAUCUGGUUCAAGACUCAAAGGUCGCAACCAUUGGGGUAAUUCAAACAGCAUUGAUACGGAUACUACUAGCCUAAAACCAACCCAUGGGGUGGAGGAGAUUUAUCCCAUAAAUAAUACCCCAGUAAAAGUAGGGUCAGUUUCCCAGAUGGGCUCCUCCUCAAACUCAAUGAUCAUCAUUUUGCCUCUUCUUGCUCUUCUGCUUCUGGUCAUCGUUGUGGUUGUGUUGGUGCUGCUCUUGAGACGGAACUGGAGGAAGAAACCGAAGCCUUUAAAGUGUACAUCAGGUACUUCUGCUCAUCCGGACAACCCAUCCCAUAAGGACCAGCCACAGUGGCCUGCAACCAUCCCUGUCCUAACGGUCACUCCUCUGACCCCAAGAAACGUGGGAAGUUCAACCAUAACCAGACUGCAAACCAGAAGUGAGAACACAACGUAUGGCACAUCUGUGUGCUCUUUUGGAGACCUGGAGCCUAAAGUUUCACAGCUUUGCAGGACCACCAACCCCACCUUGCGAAACAACCAGUACUGGGUAUGACCUUUGAUCUUCAGAUUUGUCACUGUACUCUCUGAUAAUCAGACUGAAAUGUGAUCGAAACACUAUGUUCAAGUUCUGUUGCCCCACAUGUCUCAAUUAACUGUGUUUGUCUGAUGUUUCGCAAAAAUUGUAAUACUUUCCCAUGAACCCAAAUACUAGGGAAGAAAACAUACAUCUGAAGAUUUGGGCAUUACUUGCUAAUUAUGAAAUGCUAGGAAGUUCAUUAUGUAUUAUAAAAAAACAGCAUGUUUAGUCACAACGUAACUGAAGUACAGUAGUGACAGAUCUUUUCUUUUGUUAUUUUGAUGUAGAUUCAAAUGAAAUGGAUUAUCAAAUGUAGGGCAGGGACUUGGUUCUAUGCAUUGGUUGCUGAUUGGAUGGAGGCAGAUCUGAAUGCAUGCUUGCAGUUAAAUAUAAGAAGGGGGCGGUGUUUAAGUUGUUUAAAUGAUUGAAAAAGCCCAGCAUAUGUCACCAGAGAGAAGUCUGUCACCAGAAGAUUGAGUUAUGAUAUUUGGAUUACAAAUUACAAGCUCAAAGAAAUGGUAUGAAUAGAAUCAUUCACAAUGAAAUCAAUAACAUGCAUUAAGAAAACAGAUGAAUUUCCAUUUCAUGACGAUUUUUUUUUUUUUUUUUUUUUGAUCCUCUUUGGCAAGCUAAGUAUUUGAGAAUGUUCUGUUGUAUUUUUUGGAGGAAGUUAUUUUGUAUUUUUGUGCAUUUGCUAGAUGCACAAAGUCAUUUGUGAAGACACAAGUGAUGCUGGGCAUUUAAAUUUUUGUGUCUACCUCAGACCAGACGGCCUCAUAAUAAGAAAAUGACAAUGUCAAAACAAAAAACAAGGUAUUACACUGAAAUAAUUUCAAUGGGAUAACAUUAUGUGGUACUAUGUUUUGUAUACUGAAACUAUUUAAAGCCGUAAAGAUAUUUAUUUAUGAUUUUAGAGUUUCUAAAAAUAUUAUAAUUACAUUUAUUCCGGCACUGAGAUGAUCUAUGUGUGGUGUGCACAUUCAAACGGCACAAAUAUGUAUAUUUUGGGUACGUUUUACUUUCAUGUAUUACAUAUAUGUGUGUGCUAUAAUUGAAUGUUUAUAAAAAUGUUUUUGUACUCUCAAGAGCUUCCUCUUAGAAGUAAUAUAAUACAGCUUUAAAUGAUGCAAUGUGAUGAAACUACUGGAUUCUUGCCACUGAUCUCUUUGUUGUAAAUGAAACACUGUUGCCUGAUUUGAAUAGUAUCCAAAAUAUGAACUAAUUUCAGUAUAUUCAAUUAAUUGUAGCAGCUGUGGGCAUAUCGCUACAUUUAGGAAUAAGUAUAGUUUUUCAAUACGCUGUAUGUAACAUAGCAUUUCUAUAACAUCCGUAUUGUACAAAAAUGUCAGUGUGGAUUUUAAACAAGCUGAAACGAAAUACAUUGUAUUUACAGUAGGUUCAGUUCUUCAGAAAUAUGUUUCUGUCAUUGUAUAUUUUUAUAGCCAUUUG